AUCCCGCUCGCGCACGCAAGCGCAGUGACACUCCUUCUGUCAAACAUGGCUGUGCUUUGGAAGAAGGAAAAAUGCUGAAUUGUGUUGGUAUAUCUCGGGAAAAGCAGCAGAUAUGGCUAGAUUGGCUGACUAUUUCACUGUCGUGGGAUACGAUCACGAGAAAGCCGGUUCAGGAGAAGGAUGUGGAAAGAUUAUUCAACGAUUCCCCAAGAAAGACUGGGAGGGAACCGCCUUUCCUCAGGGAGUGGAGAUGUUCUGCCAGCCUGGAGGUUGGAGGCUGUCCAGGGAAAGGAAAGCACCCACCUUUUUCACCGUUGUGCUGACAGAUAUCGAUUCCGACCGUCACUACUGCUCCUGCCUCACCUUCUACGAGGCUGAGGUCAAUCUGCAGGGAUCAAAGAGUAUUGAGGCUGAUGGAGAUGAAGACGAGGAGGCAGAGGAGGAUGGCCUGAUCCAGCCAGCUCAAGUGUUUGCACCAAAAAGUCUCAUUCUCGUGUCCAGGCUGGAUUACCCUGAAAUAUUCCGGGGUUGUUUGGGUCUGAUCUACACAGUGUACAUCGAUAGCCUGACUUUCCCUUUAGAGGGUCUGGUGGCCAACCUCUUUACAUUCCAGGUUCCUGUUGCUGGCGGAUCCCAGAAGCUGUUCAGCCUGGGAGCAGGAGACCGGCAGCUCAUCCAAACCCCUCUGAACGACACUUUACCUGUCACAUGCAAGAGCGUUGCUCUGCUCUUCCAGCAGCUGGGAAUCCAAAACGUCCUAAGCCUGUUUUGUGCGGUUCUGACGGAACACAAGGUUUUGUUCCACUCCACCAGCUACCAGAGGCUCGGAGAGGCGAGUCGCGCCCUAGAGGCCCUCAUGUUUCCUCUUAAAUACAGUUACCCAUACAUCCCUAUUCUACCUUCGCGGUUGCUGGAGGUGUUGAGCUCACCUACGCCCUUCAUCAUCGGAGUGCACUCCAUGUUCCAAAGUGAAAUCCAGGAUCUGUUGGACGUUAUUAUUGCCGACCUGGACGGAGGAACUAUAAAGAUACCUGAAUGCAUCCACUUGUCCCUGCUCCCUGAACCUCUGUUGCACCAGACACAAACUACCCUGUCCAUGGUUUUGCACCCAGAUUUGGAGAUAGCAGAUAAUGCGUUCCCUCCCCCUCGCACUGCGCCCUCCAACAUCAAGCUGUUGGACAAGGAGGUGAGGGCAGUCUUCCUCCGGCUGUUUGCACAACUCUUCCAGGGCUACAGGUCUUGUCUGCAGCUCAUCCGCAUCCAUUCCGAACCUGUUAUUCACUUUCACAAGACUGCCUUCCUGGGCCAGCGAGGCCUGAUUGAGAAUGAUUUCCUGACCAAGGUUUUGGAUGGCAUGGCCUUUGCUGGCUUCGUCUCAGAGAGAGGUCCACCUUACCGAGCCUGCGAUCUCUUUGAUGAGCUGGUGGCCUUAGAGUUUGACAGCUUUAAGGAAGAGGAGGUCAACACUGCCAAGCUGCAAAAGCACAUCAGGGAGCUCUCUGAGCAGCUGUACAGAAAUGAGAACCCGAACCCCCACAUGGCAUUCCAGAAAGUGCCUCGGCCGUCGGAGGGGUCCCACCUGCGCGUGCACCAGGUACCGUUCCCCAUGCUGGAUGCCGCAAGCGUCGAGAAGAUGCUGGCAGAGGGAACAGCAAAACACAGCAGCACACCUCCUUCUACACGAGCCGAGAAGAAGUGUGUCGUCCCUGCUGGACCACCCGUUGCAUCCAUUAUGGGGAAAAGUUGCUCCGUGUUUAACAGCGCUCGCAGACUGGAGGUGGUGCGGACCUGCAUUUCCUUCAUCUUUGACAGCAAGACCAUGGAGACUGAGAAGACGCUGCCGGCUGCGCUGCGCGCACUCAAAGGCAAGGCAGCACGCCAGUGUCUCACCGAGGAACUGAGCCUCCACGUUCAGCAGAACCGCGCCAUCCUGGACCACCAACAGUUUGACUACAUCAUCCGUAUGAUGAACUGCGCCCUUCAGGACUGCUCCAGCUCCGAAGAGUACGCGGUGGCCGCUGCACUGCUGCCGCUGUCAACAGCCUUUUACAGGAAGCUGGCUGCUGGGGUCAACCAGUUCGCCUACACCUGCAUACAGGAUCACCCCAUCUGGACCAACCAGCAGUUCUGGGAAACCACCUUCUACAGCGAAGUCCAAAGUCAGAUUCGCACCCUUUAUCUGAACACCCCAGAGGAGAAAUGCAACAUAACUGCCAGGUUAAAGGAUACGGGCUCCGUUCCUGCAGCAGGCAGAGAUGAAGAGCAGACUGCCAUGGACCUGGCGGCGGAGCAGCUGCGUUCAUGGCCCAGUCUGAGCAAGGAGAGUCAGCAGGAGCUGGUGAAGAACGAGGAGAGCACUGUGUUCAGUCAGGCCAUCCACUACGCCAGCCUCAUGGUUUACCUGCUGGUGCCUUUGGACACCAGCAAGAACAAACUGCUGCGCAACCCGCCUGCUGCUGACUGGGAGAGCGGAAGCAACAGCAUUGUGACAAACAGCAUUGCUGGCAGCGUGGCAGAGAGCUUUGACACGGAAAGCGGGUUCGAGGACUCGGAGAACAGCGACGUAGCCAACUUUGUGGUCAGAUUGGUCGCACGCUUCAUUGACAAGGUGUGCACAGAGAGCGGAGUAACGCAGGAACACAUCAAGAGCCUGCACAGCAUGAUCCCAGGCAUCGUAGCUAUGCAGAUGGAGGCUCUAGAGGCAGUUCACAGGGAGAGCAGGAGGCUACCCCCCAUUCAAAAGCCUAAGAUUCUGCGUCCAGCCUUGCUUCCAGGAGAAGAGCUCGUAUCAGAGGGGCUGCGGGUGCUGCUGGACCCUGAUGGCAGGGAGGAGGCCACUGGGGGACUCCUGGGGGGCCCUCACAUCCUGCCAGCAGAAGGAGCCCUCUUUCUCACCACAUACCGUAUCAUCUUCAAAGGCAUCCCACAUGAUCCCAUGGUGGGGGAGCAGGCAGUGAUCAGGGCUUUCCCGGUGUCCACGCUGACCAAAGAAAAAAAGAUCAGCAUCCAGAACCAGCUGCAGCAGAACAUGCAGGAAGGACUGCAGCUCCGUUCUGCAUCAUUUCAGCUGAUCAAAGUGGCUUUUGAUGAGGAGGUGAGCUCGGAGAUGGUGGAGAUCUUCAGGAAGCAUCUCCAGAGAAUCCGCUAUCCACAGUCCAUCUUCACCUCCUUUGCGUUCGCGGCAGGACAGACGGUACCCCAGCUAAUCCUUCCUAAGCAAAAGGAGAGAAACACUGGGUUCAGGACAUUCUCAAAAACCAUCGUCAAAGGAGCAAAGAGGGCUGGAAAGAUCACCAUGGGCCGCGGUAGCCAGAGCACGCUGAAGAAGAACGACAGAGGCAGCAGAAUGACCUGGCAUGAGGACGAUGACAUUUCAAUAUCAGAUGACGGCGAGCCUCCACCCAGUAGCACUUUGCGAGCGUCAGAGAAGUCCACCAUGGAGCAGCUGGUGGAGCAGUCCUGCUUCCGCGACUACCAGCGUCUGGGCCUGGGCACCAUCACCGCCAGCUCGUCUCGCUCCAAGUCGGGCGAGCAGUUCAGGAUAACGGCCGUGAACAGGCUCUACUCCCUGUGUCGCAGCUACCCAGGGCUGUUAGUGGUUCCUCAAGCUGUUCAAGACAGCAGUUUACACAAAGUAGCCCGUUGCUACAGACACAACCGCCUGCCUGUUGUGUGUUGGAAACAUCCACGUACCAAAGCCGUGCUGCUCCGCUCGGGAGGCUUCUAUGGCAAGAGUGUGGUGGGGUUGUUCAAGUCGCAGAACCCCUCCUCAGCAGCUCCUGCCUCCUCCUCAGAUUCAUCCAGCAGUCUUGAGCAAGAGAAGUACCUGCAAGCUAUCCUGAACUCCAUCCCCAUCUACUUCAAGAUGAACGGGAACAACACCCUGUCCAACCGCUCCCUCAUAGGCCUUUCACCAGGCAGUGAAAGGAGGACGUCCAGGAUACCAAAGAUGGCUCCUGUCCAUUUAGACCUCCCGUUCUCAAACAGCUUUACCAGAGGAGUACUUGAGUACAAAGAUAAACUGUUCACUCACUCAAACCAAAAACCCACCAGUAAGGAGAGAUUCCACAAUCAAGGCAUGUGGGCCAGCCUGCGCUCCAGCAGCAGACUCAGUCAGCACAUAUCCACGCCUGACGCAGGCUCCAGGUUAGCAGGGAAGGAUCUGGCGCCACCUGCAGGGAGCAGCAGUCUGCAGGCGCAGCUUCUCAAACACCAAGCUGCCCUCUACAUCUUCGGAGAAAAGUCACAUCUGAGGGGCCUCAGAGUGGACUCCUCCUUGAACUGUGAGCUGGUGCCAGUGGAGUUUGCAGACACACGACAGGUGAAAUCUGCUUUUAAAAAGCUGCUGAGGGCCUGCGCUCCCAGUGCCACCUCCUCCGACUCAGAGGACUCCUUCCUCAAGGCCUUGGAGGAAUCUGAAUGGAUCCUGCAGCUUCACAAGAUCCUGCAGCUGGCCCUCUUUCUGGUGGAGCUUCUGGACAGCGGCUCCUCUGUUCUGCUCAGCCUGGAGGACGGCUGGGACAUUACUACACAAGUGGUGUCUUUGGUGCAGCUGCUGAGUGACCCUUUCUACCGGACCCUGGAGGGUUUCCAGGUGCUUCUUGAAAAGGAGUGGCUGUCCUUCGGCCACAAGUUCAGCCAGCGGAGCAACCUCAGUCCCAGCAGCCAGGGCAGUGGCUUCACGCCCAUCUUCCUGCAGUUCCUAGACUGUGUGCACCAGAUUUUGGAGCAACAUCCUCUGGAGUUUGAGUUUAAUCAGUAUUAUCUGAAGUUCCUGGCCUAUCAUCACAUCUCUAACCGCUUCAAGAACUUCCUGUUGGACUCAGACUAUGAACGCUUGGAACAUGGCUUGUUGUUUGAGGAUAAAGGCGAUAAACAGUCUCGCAGAGGCAUCUGCAUCUGGGACUGCAUUAACAGGAUGCACCGGAGGAGUCCCAUCUUCUUCAACUACCUGUACAGCCCCUCAGAAAGUCAAGUGACCCUGAAGCCAUCUGUCAGCAUCCCCAGCCUGAAUAAAUGGGACUUCUUCACGGACGAGACUCUGUCGACUGGUCCAUCUUACGACUGGAGGAUGAUGGCCGUGAGGUUAGAGAGUUCAGAGGAGGCAGAUACCAUCUCCAACAGUAAGAGGAGGAUCGUUUGGCCGUGUUACAGCAGCGUGAGCCGCGCCCAGCCAGAUGCCAUCACCAAGCUACUCGCUGACAUCGAGAAGUUGGAGGGUGAGCUGAACCAGACCCCAGACAAAUGGCAGAUGACCCUGGAGAGAGUGAGAAUAAGCAUUCAGGAAGACCUCAAGCAAGAAGGAAAUCUCUGUAAGCAGUCUGUGUCAGUCUCAGGCCUCAUUCCCACGUCCAGCCUGCAAGCCUUCCAGCGGCGCUCCAUGCUGCACCUGCCAGACAGUGGACUGGGCGAAGAUCGCAGCACUGCCGCAGCCAACGGCAUCAACCGCCGCGCUGCAACCCUUUAUAACCAGUUCACCCCCAAGAAUGAAGAGAACAGAUCUUACGAAGGAAUCCUGUAUAAACGUGGAGCACUGCUGAAGGCCUGGAAACCUCGCUGGUUUGUGUUGGAUAUCACAAAACACCAGCUGAGGUACUACGACACUGGGGAGGACACAAACUGCAGAGGCCACAUCGAUCUGGCCGAGGUGGAGUCUGUGACCAUCGCUGCGCCCACUAUUGGAGCCCCUAAACACAUCAGUGAGAAGGCUUUCUUUGAUCUUAAGACCAGCAAGAGAGUCUACAACUUCGGUGCUUCAGACGCUCCCAGCGCUCAACUUUGGAUGGACAAGAUCCAGAACUGCAUCUCUGACGCCUGAACACUGGUGUUAAAUUUAUCUGACGUCAGAGGCAGCGUCAGGUUGCUGAGAGCAGAGACGUGACCACCGCUCAAUUCAGCUUUCAGAUGUCUUUCAUUCUGGGGGCCGCAGUGAAUGAAGUGCCUGGUAGUGGAGGGUGUAUACUGCCUAUCCACCCCCUCUGCCUGUUACGUACGUAGCAUCUGAUCGGGCUGUCGUCGGCCCUCAGCUUCAUGCUGUUUGAGCGGGUCACACACGUCCAUCUCUGCUGUCAGCCCCCUUUGACGUGGAUGAGGUGGAGAUAAGCUGAUGUCGUAGGGCACUGCAUUAUUAAGGAGAUGUUAUCCUACUUAAAGCUGUAAAUAGAUCAAAGCAAUAUCACUGGCCAUUAAAACUGUGGGUUCAAUUUUAGACCUAAAAACUAUAGUUGUAUAAGAAUUUCUAUCAGAUAUUUUACUAUGAGGAAGGUGAUUGCUGCUUACAGAAACGUAUGAACCGCCAAAAACUCAGAUUUUAAUGCACAACAUUAAAAAGGCAAUCUGUUUGCACUUAGCUCUAAAGUAUGCACUCCUUAUCGAAUAUAGAUUUUCUAACAGAUGCAAACAGCGAAGCUAAAGGCAUUACUUUACAGUGUACAUGUGACGUUUCCUCAUGACAGAUUAAAUGAAAAGAAUUUGCACAGUGAGUUCAGAAGAGUUACCUGACAUUUUUCUAUUUAAAUACGUGAUGUUUUCUCUAUUUUGUGGAAUGUUUAUUGACUUCUGGUUAACAGGUUUGUCUCAUGUAAUGUAAAUUAUUAUUUUUUAUUAAAAGUGUGGUGGAGUCGUGUUGUUGUGUAAAUACCUACGUGACAUUUCAUUUUAUAUACUGUAUGUACUGAACAUGAGUAUACUUUUCUAACUUUAAUUCUAAUGUGACCCAGUUUCUUAUUUGUAAUGUUUCGUUACCGGUGCAAAAACCUGAGUGGCCUGUUCCCUGUUUGUGGUGAAACGUUGUUCUGAAAAUGAUAUGGAGACCUUUUUUUUUUUGUUGUUGUUGUCGUUACAAUUGUCCAGGCAGGCUCUGUGUCUUUUAAGGGCUUUUAAAUAAUAUAUCAUGUAAGACGUUGUGGUUUUCAGAGAUCUUUGUCUCAUCUGUUCUUUGUUUGUGCAGCCUUUACAGCUUCAUUACAAAACCAGAAAAAAAACAAACUAUCCAGAGAUGUCAAAGCCUUUUUUGUUACUGUAUCUUUGUACCAUGUUUUGUGAUGACACUAAUUAUUUUUUUUUUUUUUUUUUUGGAAAUAAAUCAAGCAUACUUGAAAA